UUUGAGCAGCACAUGAAGACGCGACAGGCGCUGAACCAUCUCCCGGAUCUACUGCUGGACGGAUUUGCUAAGCUACUGGACGAGAAAUGCGUGAGUCAGCAAAGUGUAACGCGAGAAAACCUCAGCUCGACGAUCCGUGUACUGCUAGAGGAGGCUGGACUAUGGCAGGCGCAGCAGCGCAUUCAGCAAGAGGCAGCCCAAUCAAGUUCAACCAGCAUCGUUUAUCACUGGCAAUCAGAUGGGCGCUUUCAUCGGAUGCCGCAGGAUUUUGCUUUUCCACAGCUAGAUGCGCUAAGUGUGUGGUGUAUUUGGUGGCUUGGCCACCCUGCUGCCGGAUACCCGCCUUUUCGGGCGCUGCAGCCAUCUGACUUCACGAAGACCAACCGCAAGAUGUUUUCGGAAUGGACGGUGCUAGUCCGACAUAUCGUCGCUGGUGUGGAG